UAGGAAUCUCACAACACAAGGUAAGACUGUGAUAGUGCAGUGUCUGCAUUUGUCGUUUAAGUUAACCACCUCGAUCAAGAACAUGGACAAGGAAACCGUGCUCUAGCUGCUGGGAGUUUGGAAUGACUUGAAAUGUUCUGAUCUCGUGCCCGUACAAGCCUAUGGAUUGUACAGUGUGUGUUAUGUGUUGUCUACAAUAUCAGACCAAACAUCUUGAGUGAGCGGAAAAAUAAACUACAACAACAAAAGAAAGUAAAGAACAAAUAUUUGACGGAAAAUUUUAUGACUAGUUCACUUGCAGAACUGCUGAGAGCAAGAAAUUCAAAUUCACUGAUGAUGUCUACAGGACCACAAGAAACAACAAAUUUAUGAUGUGCUGGAUACAGUGUGGCUAGCUGAUUCUUGGAAGAUGUCUGAAUACAGAAAGUAGGAGAUUGCUGCGAAAACGUUGCUGCGUGCUAGCUCACCUAGCUGGAACGCAUCUGGCUGAGAGUGGCAUUCAUUAAGCAGAGGAAGUUGUGUUCACCACACCAUGUGCAGCUCGGAGUCUCCCUCCCAGCUCCUCUCCUUUGCAGCAUUAGUGUCAAGGGAAACUACUCUCUUGUUUCAAGCGUGACAGUCCAUGCUUCAUUCCCUUGAAUCCACAGACAGAAAAAUCCCUCAUUGUCUCUACCUGCACCCAACAUUUUGCUUCAAGUUUUGAUAACAAUAACAUUUCAAGGAUUGCUUCUGGUGAGUGGUUCAGUGAGUGGAACGCGUUUCCCUUGGCUGCAUGCUUACUGCGCUGAAUUCACACUUGCCCAACCAGGCAGAACUGUGGUGACUGGGAGCUGCAUGACUUUUUUUAUGACUGCUGAGAUAAUAUUAUAGGGACAGAUAUGCUGAAUAGUCAUGACACACAAACACUUUGUGUUGUACUUGUAGUAAUGUGAGAUGCAUGUUUCAACACACGCCUACGAUUAUACUCACGAAAAAUGGCCAGAAUGAUACAAAAAACGAUUAGUUUUUUUCUCCUGCUAGGGUUUUUAUACUUGCUAAAUUCAGGACAGUGUCUAUCCGAUGAUGUCAAUCUAGGCAUUUGGCAAAUGCUGAUGGCUUAUUCUGGCUUGAAAUGUAUUUUUUCCCAAAUUGAAAAUCACGUUUAUUUAUAUCUGUUCAAUAUUUUCAAGACAAUUUUUACAUAUGGAUGGAUUCGAGUUUUGAUUUUUAUUGUCUUGUUAUCAGUUCUUGCUUACUUUUUGUUGCAGUCAUGCUUGAUCGAGUCUUCAACUUAGCACUUGAUUAUAGCAGCGAAAUUGUAUCUAGAUUUGAAAGCAACAUUAUUGAGCUUCACGAAGAAAGAACCGAUUCGAAACGACCGUUGUUCAUCCGAUAACAAAGGGCUUACAGGAACCUAUACUUUUCCAACAGAUAUUUCGGUAUCCCAUGGAGGACGUUAAGAUCAAAUGUUAUGUCCGUGUUUUGUGGUUCUCACACGGCCGCCUCCCUCCUGGUUACAUUGUAUGGCGUAAAGAUGGAGUGGAGAUGAAUCUUUCCGAGAGGCACAGGCACAAAAUAACAUUUAAAGAAGUUUUGGAGUCGGAUACCCACUACGCAAAAAAGGGAUUAAGUUGGUACGAUGUGAAUAGUACGAUCACUAUAUAUCUCUUACAAGACAAUGAUUUUGGUACAUACACUUGCCACAAAGCAAAAUUCUUCGAAAUCGUCGUUCGGGAUUUUUUAGAGAUAUCUGAAAUGUUGUCAGCCCCGAAAUAUCACGAACAACCUUCGCCACCCAAACGCCCAGUAGUUCCAAGGCCGCCAGCACAGUGUCCCCAGGUUCCGAUGCCCCUGCCUCGGUUUCAAGACGAAUAUACCUGGCAUACAGAGAUCAGGCUCAUUAGAAUGGAUCAGCGACGAGAAAUAAUCUCCCUUCCACCAGGCGCCAUUUUGUCAUUCAAAACCAGUUACUGGCACCUUUCAAGAAAUGAUGAAGUUGAUAUAGAGUAUACAGUGAAUGACCAAAACUACUUCGAGCUAUGUAAUGGCUUAUUAAGAGGCUGUUCUAAAUUCCUCUCCCUGUACUGGAAGAUAAUGCACAAUCUAGGAUAUUUUGGAAUUCCACCUUUACAUUUAUUUACAAUCUGGCGUACCCCAUGUUUUCCGGCAAAACAGUAUCAGCUUGUUCAUUGUAUUUGUGAACAAGCUUACGGUUACUACCAAGUUCGGUAUGUUCGGCGAUAUUUCAACCGCACGCUACAGAAUUAUGAACUAAUCGAGAUUGACCACCCACACCAACUGAUCGUCAUUCCAAGGAAACAGGACAUGCUGGACAUCUACACAAACAGCUCCUUUGGACCAGUGUUUCACAAGAGCAAAGAACACGUACAGAAACAAUGCGACAGUGACAGUGUUGGAGAAAUGGCUUCGGCUGUGGUCGAGCUGUUUACAAUGAGAGAAACGAUUUUACUAAUUGUGAUAAUAUGCGUGCUAAUCAUCUGCUUCAUUUUGCUUCAUUUCGCGAUACUGUGCAUAAUAUCUAGGUUUAUUAAACGUCAAAUCUUAGAGAGAGGAAUUGUUAACUUAAUAAGCAUUCGAAAAGCCAGAGAGUUUCAAUACGACAUUUUCUUGUCUUACUCGGACGCUGAAGUCACGCAAGUAAAGGAAAUAUUUCUUUCGUUUUUAGAGACCCGGGGAUUUCGUGUGUUUGAAAGAGAGAGAGAUAUACCCGGAAAUGUACAAGAGUUGCCUGCCUUGGGUGAAGCCAUGGAGAAAUCCAAGAUGUUCUUGCUGAUCGUGACAGAAAGCUACUUUAAUGACAGAUUCAGGAGAGACUUUGAAGCGGCCAUCAUACUAGAGUGCGUUUAUAGCCGCUGCAAGGAUCCAAAAGAAGUCUUGAUCGUCAAGCUGCAGCCAUGUCAGAUUCCAAUGUGGCUGAGCCAGUUCCAUGUUCUCAACUGGACCCCAAAUAUUUCACUGGAAUUCGUCAACGCCAGCUAAUGCAGUGGCUGGCAUCACGUGAUUGUAAAAGAAUUUGUGGAACAUGGGCUGUAGCUGGUAGAACUGUUUUGUUUGUUGCUGUUUUCCUACUGCUGUUAUUUGCGAAGUUUGUUUUAUAAAACUGAACUUGAUAUUUUGACGAAAUGCUCGGUACGUAGGCCAUUCCAUACAUUUAUGAGAAGUGGCAUCAGAUAUCUGCCAUUGCAAGUGUUUUCUACAAAUGGCUUUCUCUUAACGACUGUUGCUGCCUAUCAGGAGAAAAUCAUCUGGAAUAUCCUAUUAAUGAACCGAAAACGUGAAGAAUGGUUUUGCAACCACGUGCUGAAGCGACAACUGCUUUAGUCUGCAAAAUGUUUUCUCAUUUUGUCUUCAACUUGUGCCAUUUAUUCUGCUUUGUAUUUUUUUUAUUUUUGUACUUUAUUUUGUAGAAGAUGUCUGGAAGCUGUUUGAUGUUUAAUAAGUGCGUGCGUGUGGGUUUAUGUGAUUAUACAAUAGUGUUAUUGCGCUCUCGGGCGUUUGUUAUUAGUGUAACAUACAAAGCCAGUAGAAGAAAGGAUGCAGGAUACGUAUCAGCUGACAAAA